AUGGCAAGGGCUGUUCACGAGAAAGGGGCAGCCCUUGAUAAUGUAUGGGGAUUUGUUGAUGGCACGGUAAAGUAGUUAAGGUUAUGUUGUGUGAUAUGGCUUAUAGAGAAGCAAUCAUAAUAAAUUCAGGGGAAAUGUCAUAAAUACUGUGCUCAAACAGUUUUGCUUUAUAAAUGUAGGUACGGCCAAUUAGUCGACCAAAGUUGCACCAGAAUGUUAUGUACAACGGUCAUAAAAGAGUACAUGCCAUUAAAUGGCAGGCUGUAAAUGCUGCAAUAGGACUAAUUGUUCAUCUUGAUGGGGCUGUAGGUAAGUAAUGAAAUAAAAUACACAUGACUUUGAUUCUAAAAAGGUACAACAUAAAAUGAAAAUUAUACACAAUUAUACACGAUAUAGGCAAAAAGCAGUAAUAAUAGAAUAAUAAAAUAUUCUUACAAUUUGUAUGUAUUUUUCCAGAAGGCAAACGUCAUGAUGCUGCAAUGCUAAUGAUGUCAGCCUUGUGCCCCCAACUGGAGGUGUAUUCCCAUGAUGGUAAUGGUCACCCUCUAGCCAUAUAUGGUGAUCCGGCAUAUCCUCAUAGGGUUCAUCUGCAGAGCCCAUACAAAAGGGUAAACCUAACUGA